AUGACAGACUCACCACCAACGGAGCCCCGAGCUCGCUCAAGAUCACCUGCUCCCAAGGACAAGGACGAUCGCAAAGGUCGCGAUGAUACAUAUAGAGGGAAUGACGAACGUCACCAGCGCAGAGACCGCAGUAGGUCGCGCGAUCGCAACAACAACCGCCACCGCAGAGAUUCGCCCCCACGCAGACCCCGAGAUCGAUCGCGGUCACCAGCGCGAAGACCCAGAGGAUCAGGCGGCUUCAAGUGGAAGGGAGAGCGCCGAGACAACGACAGAAACCGUGACUUCCGCAGGCGGUCACCGCAGCGACAUCGGGAUCGCGACUAUGGCAGGGACCGGAACUACCGUCGAGAUGACCGUGAUGGAGGACGGGACAGACAGCGAGAUGGCGAUAGGGAUCAGAGAAGGGAGAGGAAGGAAAAGAAGGAAGAGAAGCCCAAAGCUCCUGUGGCUCAGGCAGGCGAGGAGAUGAUCAUCGUCAACGUCAACGAUCGACUUGGUACGAAAGCUGCUGUACCCUGCUUGGAGUCUGAUACCGUGGGUCAGCUGAAGAUGAUGGUCGCCGCCCGAAUCGGUCGUGACCCUGGCCAGAUCAUCUUGAAGCGACAGAGUGAGAGGCCAUUCAAAGACCACAUCACCCUGGGUGAUUAUGGCAUCUCGAAUGGUGUGCAACUGGAUCUGGAGAUUGAUACCCGGGACUAA